UGUACUUUAACCGGUGUUCUUGACUGUUGGCGAUAAACUAAUGGUUCUUUCUCUUCAGGUUGAUUUAUAUUAAUACACUUUUACUUUUUGUGAUAUUCCUUUUAGACUAUUACGCCUGUAUAAGACUUGAAUAUGAAUUUGAUAACAAUUUUAGAAAAAACAGUAUCUCCAGACAAAAACGAGUUAGAAGCAGCACAGCAGUAUCUCGAACAAGCUGCACAAACAAAUUUGCCUGAGUUUUUAAAGUCACUAUCAGAUGUACUUCAACAUGCAGGAAACAGUCCAGUGGCACGGAUGGCUGCUGGUCUACAGCUCAAGAAUGCACUUACUUCAAAAGAUUCGGAUAUCAGAGUCCAGUACCAGCAAAGAUGGCUACAGUUUCCGGAAGAUAUCAAGGGUUAUAUUAAAAAGAAUGUCUUGACAUCCCUCGGGACAGAGACUUUGAGACCAAGCUCAGCUGCGCAGUGUGUUGCUUAUAUUGCAGUAGCAGAGUUACCACAUGGAUGCUGGCCUGAACUCAUUCAUCUUUUGACGCAACAUAUAACGGACCCAAGUAGCUCGGAAAUGAUGAAAGAAGCUACCCUUGAAGCUAUUGGAUAUAUAUGUCAAGAUAUAGAUCCAGAUGUCCUUGUUACUCAAUCCAAUGAUAUUUUGACUGCCAUAGUUCAUGGAAUGCGAAAAGAUGAGCCCAGUGACCACGUAAAGUUGGCUGCUACAAACGCCCUUCUGAAUUCACUGGAAUUUACUAAGGCAAACUUUGCCAAAGACUCUGAACGUCAUUUUAUAAUGCAAGUUGUUUGUGAAGCAACCCAGUCUUCAAACACUCAGGUGAGUGACAGGACCUCAUUCAACAGACUUGGUUCUUCAAACACUCAGGUGCGUGUAGCCUCACUUCAGUGUUUAGUGAAGAUCAUGUCACUUUAUUACCAGUACAUGGAACACUACAUGGGUCCUGCAUUGUUUGCAAUCACUAUUGAAGCGAUGAAAACUGAUGUUGAUGAAGUUGCACUUCAGGGAAUUGAGUUCUGGUCAAACGUAUGUGACGAAGAAGUAGACCUGGCUAUUGAAGCUUCAGAAGCGGAAGAACAAGGCCGACCACCUGAACGUACAUCCCGCUUUUAUGCUAAAGGUGCACUACAGUAUUUGGUUCCUAUCCUCAUGCAGACUCUUACUAAACAGGAGGAACACGAUGAUGAAGAUGAUUGGAAUCCUUGUAAAGCUGCAGGAGUGUGCUUAAUGUUAAUGGCCACCUGCUGCGAAGAUGACGUUGUGCCUCAUGUUCUGCCGUUUGUCAAAGAAAACAUAGUCAAUCCUUCUUGGCGGUAUAGGGAUGCAGCAGUAAUGGCAUUUGGUUGUAUUCUUGAAGGACCAGAUCCUUGCCAGCUCAAACCUAUUGUAGAACAAGCCAUGCCAAUGCUAAUAGAACUUAUGUCUGACCAAAGUGUGGUAGUGCGGGACACAGUCGCAUGGACUAUUGGUCGUGUGUGCGAGCUCAUUUCUGAAGCUGUAAUAAAUGAAAACUAUUUAAAACUUCUUCUGGAAACAUUGGUGAAAGGUCUUGCAGCUGAACCAAGAGUUGCAUCAAAUGUGUGCUGGGCAUUUAACAGCUUGGCUGAAGCAGCUUAUGAUGCAGCAGACGUGCCUAAUGAGGGAGCUGAACCACAGACGUACUGCUUAUCUGAUUAUUUUGAAAUUAUUGUUUUUAAAUUACUAGAAACAACAGAAAGACCUGAUGGGAGCCAGGCUAACUUGCGUAGUUCUGCUUACGAAGCACUGAUGGAAAUGGUGAAAAACAGUCCUAGUGACUGUUACUUGAUUGUUCAGAAGACCACAAUGAUUAUUCUCGAGAGACUUCAGCAUGUGCUGGCCUUGGAAGGUCACAUUCAGAACACGUCCGAUAGAGUUCAGUACAAUGAUCUACAGUCACUGCUCUGUGCUACUUUACAGAGUGUUUUAAGGAAGAUGACACCAGAAGAUGCUCCAAAAAUAUCUGAUGCCAUCAUGACAGCUCUUCUCCAGAUGUUUAGUUCCAGUAGCUGCAAAUCUGGAGGGGUUCAGGAAGAUGCUCUGAUGGCAGUGUCAACAUUAGUUGAAGUUCUUGGUGAUCAGUUCCUGAAGUAUAUGGAUGCUUUUAGGCCUUUCUUAGCAUUAGGAUUAAAGAACCAUGCAGAACACCAGGUGUGUAUAGCUGCAGUUGGCUUAACUGGAGACAUCUGUAGAGCACUUGGAAUCAAGGUACUUCCUUAUUGCGAUGAAAUAAUGGCAAUGCUACUGGAAAACCUAGGGAAUAAUAAUGUUUUUCGAACAGUGAAGCCACAUAUCCUCUCCGUAUUUGGUGAUAUAGCCUUAGCCAUUGGUUUGGAGUUUAAAAAGUAUUUGGAAAUUGUCCUACAAACUUUAGUGCAAGCAUCAUCAGCUCAAAUUGAGAAGCUUGAUUAUGACAUGGUGGAGUAUCUAAAUUCACUUCGGGAAGGAUGCUUAGAGGCUUACACUGGCAUUGUUCAGGGACUCAAAGGAGACCAAAUAUCCCCAAGUACCGAUGUUCAACUCGUCUUCCCUUAUGUAGAGCAUAUGAUAGAAUUUAUCAAACACUUAGCUCAGGACCCAGACCACUCGGAUGAGAACAUAGCUGCUUGUGCUGGUCUUAUUGGAGACCUUUGCUCAGCUUUUGGAAAAAGUAUGCUACCACUUCUGGACAAUGAAAUUAUAAGUGACCUUCUUACCAAAGGUCGCCGUUCUAAGGCUACUAAGACGAAGACACUGGCUAGCUGGGCAACAAAAGAAGUUAAAAAACUUAAAAAUGCUGCAUCUUCAUGAUACCAUGGAUAACUGUAAAAAGUAUUUCAUAAACUGAGAUUUGUUUCAAGUUUACAAACAGCCACUGGAGGGCGCUGCCAUAGAUGACAGCAUGCACUACCAGACUGGAGAAGUGAGAGUGGAGAUGAGUGAAAUUGUGUGAAUGCCAUCCUUCAUUAUACUCUGUUUGCUUUCCUUUCACUCCGGACAGAAAAACAUUUGUAACUUGAAAUUUGUGAAAAGUUAAAUAUUUGGUAGGGGGUCCUGCAAUUUUGUUACUCAGUAAUGAAAAAUUAUGAUAAUUUGAAAAAAAGACUGCAAAAUUGAAAGUGAAAUCUUGAAAAAUUUUAUAAAUAAUCAAUGCAGUUAUAGUUUAAGUGCCUACGUGAAAGUCAGAAAGUGGACUUUUUAAGGAUUCCGAUGUCACCUGUAGUAUAUUGGAUACUAUGUACUAUUUGUUUCACUCCAGGAAGCCAGCUUUCCAAAAUCUUUACUACAUACAAAGAACAAGUUAUAGAAAUUAGUAUUUUUAAGGUAGUAAAAAAAUUAAAUAUGUUAAUAUUCUUUUUCUUCACUGAUACCUAGAGCUUGUAUUAUUAGUUUUUCCAAAUGUAGCAGCAUAAACCUGAUGUAAAAUUGAGUGUUUGUUUUAGAUUUUUAUAUAAAUUGGCAUUACUACUAUAAUAACUAAAAUGUCACAGUUAUUUGCUAGUUUUUAUUAAUUAUGUGUAACCCAAGGCAGACUUACACCCAGAAAAAUACUGCAAUGCUGUUAUGUGUGUGAUUGAGUGAUUGAAACAAAAUUCUGAUUUUUUUUUUCUGUGUUUCCUUAACUAAAACUAGCUGUAGUCAGCCUGUAAACAGUUGGUUUAGUUCACAUGUUUCAAUAUCUAAUAAAAGUGCUAAGUAUGA